AUGUUUGCAGAGCCGUCAAUGCCAGAAAGGCGACCCUCGCCAGGCCUACAGCUCAACCUCUCCUCCAACAACCCCUUCCGCCGCGCUGCCUCUCCCGGUUUCCCCUCGCCCGCCAGUGCCAACCGCUCGAGCUCGGGCAGCAGACCAAUGUCGCGCAAUCCCUUUAUAUCUACCUUCGAGGCCGAGUUUAACAAGGAGGCAUCCAGAGACCUCGUUGACAUGUCGGCCACCAUGAAGGACUCUCCCAAGAAAUCAAACUUUGGCUUUGCCGCCGAAGAGCUCUUUGCCAACCUCACCAUCGACGACACCGAUAAGAAGCGAGCUCCCCCGCCACGACCUGCCCCUGCUCGCAGCGGCACCGAUCCCCGUGCAGGCCACCGCCCCUCGCGCUCUGAAGAAGAGAGACAGCGCAUGCGAGAAGCUUCCCGCGGAGGCUCUCGACCACGUGGACCUCCCAGCUCGUCUCGGCCUCCCCAGCUCAACAGCCCUGAACGCCGCGAGAACCGCCGUCCCCGACGCAACUCCGAAUCCUCCAUUAUCGACCGAGGCUCGCUCGACCCGCGUGAAGAGCGCAGGCGCAGGGAGCGCCGCAAGGAGCGCGAAGAGCGUGCUAGAGACGGCAAGGACAGCAAAUCUGGCGGCAAGAAGGUCCGCAGGCCGCAGGGUCUUGACCUCAUUGACAAACUCGAUGUGACUGGCAUCUACGGACCUAGCAUGAUCCACCACGACGGACCGUACGACGCUGUGCAACCCCAUCGCAACCGUAAGAAGGACCAGCGCGCACCCAUGCAUGCUUUCCCCGUUGGUUCAGCCAACAACACUCUGGGUGGUUCUGGACCUCUGAACACAAAGAUCGAUCUGGACAGGAUCCAUGGCAGGGGUGCCGAGGGCUUCACCGACUUUGCCGGUGCCGAGACCGAAUGGAAGAAGCCAGCCCCAGUGGCCGCAGAGUUCAGCGCAAAGGGCCGAGAAGACAUUGUACACGGCGAGCAGACCCAUGGUCUUGGAACAUCUACCUUCCUCGAGGGCGCCCCGGCUUCCCGCAAAGCGAUCCAAGAAGAGUCCGAUGCUCAGAGGCAGAAGCAACUAGCUGAUGGCGGUCUCGGUCGCAAGAAGUCCAUCGCCCAGCGAUUCCGCGGUAUCUCUCAGCCCCGUCGUUACGGUGACGGCCCACGCAUCACUUCGCCCGAGGCACGCUACGGAGCUGCCACCAGCCCAAGCGGCCCUUACAGCGCCGGAGCCAUCUCGCAGACGAAGGCCGCAGAGCAGAACCCUUUUUUCAGCGACGACUACGAUAAGGCAUACGACGCCAAGGGCGCAGCCAUCAAGACCAACGAGGGCGGAGCUUCACCACCGCGGGGCGCUGCGUUGCAGCGAUCCAUCACCACCGACAGCGUAGGAUCUCCCACAGGCGAGGCCAAGCCCAGCGGUGGGUUCCUCAACCGCGUCAAGUCUCUCAAGGGCGGACGUCGACGUCCCGCUUGA